AUGGCUGGAGAUGGCUUUGUGAUCGGCGAAGGGAUCUGCAGUUUUCUGCAGGUUGUGCUGAAUGUUUUGUAUUUGCGGAAGUUCUGGAAACUCGAGACAUUUCAUGCCAAUUUUCGGCAGACUUUUGUAAGUUUUUUUGGAGUUUUGUGGCUAUAAAAGUUGAGGAGUUUUUACUCCUAAAAAAUUUACAUUUACGCUUUGAAGGCACAUUUGAAAACAAAUCUCUUUAGUAAAAUUCUAAGCUGUAGAUUUUUCAAGGUUGUUUAUGGGAGUUGAAAAAGUGCAUUCAAAAGAGGUCUUAAUUAUCCAAAUUGAAGGUUUGAACUGCUUUAAAAUUGACAGAUGAAAGCGUUGACAUCGCAAAUUUGCAUGGCAAAGUCACCCAGUAUCAAAGUAAAAAGAAAAAAAAACGAUCGUUAUAAAAAAUUUUGAUAAUAGAAAGUCUAUUUCUUACAGUGAGGGAACCCUUCAAAAACCCCGCUUUGAAGAGCCCGCCUUGAAGGAAAGGGCGCGCUUUUCAAAGCGGAGUUUUUUAGCUUACAGAGGAAGUACCCCAAGUGCGACGCUCAGAUUUUCUUUAAAUUUUGCGGACACGUCGGGUAUAGACUAGGUGUCAAUUCCUGAAAGUUUUAGCUCGCGCUUUGCAGGCGCAGCCGGGAUAUCGAACGAUCUUUGUCACGGAGAGAGUACGCUUAACGCGGAGAGCGGUCAGAGAGAAAAACGUUUUUUGGCCAUGACGUUGCCAGUUUCACGCGGAAAAAGUUAAUUUUUUGUAGGAACAUUACCCUUUACGGUAGAAAUAGGUAUGAAAGUUUUCGUGCCAAAAUUCGGCAAAAAGUCUCACAUUUUCGCCGACUUUCGAUCUAAAAAUUUCGGUUGUUUCUGCAAAGCGCGAGCUAGGAUUCUCGCAUAUGUCUUAGAAAAAAUUAUUCUCAAUUUGUGCCAAGUUCAUCAAAAUCUGAGCGUCGCACUUGGGGUACUUCCUUUGUUAGAGAAGGGAAGGGUUUGGAGACAUUUUGGUCCCUUCCGGGAUGCAAAAUGAGAGGUUUUUUUGCCGGAUCAGGUCCCUCACUGUAUUCGUUUCAGAUUGGCCUGAAUGUAAUCCUGAGUAUGUCCUCACUCUUCCACCCCACUUCUGAGAUUCUGGAGCACAUAAUCUACUAUCGUCUGUUCCCCGGCUUUGACCGGCCUCUGAACACCAUGAAAUUGUUUUGUUUAUUCGUCGACCAUAUCGCCGUCGUUUUCCUUCAUCUCAAGUUUUUCAUCUUGGCUUUCGAACGACAUCACGCCAUAAAAAUGCGUGGGAGAUACGAAAACGAAAAAGGAAAUAUGGCUAUAAAGGUGCUGGGAGUUUUGGUAAGUAAAUAGUUUAAUUUUAAAAUUUUUUUGAUCUAUAUUUGUAAAAAUUUUAACACGACUCUUUUAUAAUGACAUUGCAGGUUGUAGUGGUGUCCAUAGAAAUCGCAAUUAAGACCUGGCUGUUUUGUAAAUACGAUACUGAAGUGCCUUAUGACGUUCGUCUGGAAAAAGGGAUGGGAGUUACGAAGUCUCCAGCUUUUUUGUCGUUCUCUUACAUCUUGUUUUCAAUAUCCAUUAUUGUUGGAUUUGUUGUAAGUUUAACGCGAAAAAGGUCAUCUAAAUUGUCAUAAAUCUUGCAUAUACCAUAUAAGGAAGAAAGCCAUUUCGGCGAGGAGCUUUUGCUGUUUAUUGGAGAUAAAUUUUCAUAUACAAUUUUUACCGGUCAAAGCUCAAGCAGUUUGCAAAUGCUUUUUAAAGUUUUAUCAAUUUUUGAAAAAAAACUUCAAAUAUUUUUCGAACAGGACAUUUUUUGAAAGAUAUUUUUCAAUCUGGUGCGCCAACUGGAUUAUUGUUUAAUUUUGCUCUUUUUCUAAUGCAAUUGCAGGAGGACAAAUAAAAAAUGCAACUUUUUAUGGGUCCUACCGCGAAAAUAUUUAAGUGUAGCAAAACAAUUUUUUACCAUUAAAUUCUCCGUGUUUUUGUGUCCCAGUCUUUUGAUUUCCAUGCCAUAUUGAUUUGACAGUUGUGUCUUUCAGCUAAUCCGUCAAACGAAAGGUUACAUCCGCAAGCUCCGUCUGAAGAGCCAAAGUUUGGCUGAGAGCUUCGAACUCAGCCAGACCAACAAGAUCGCGGAGGUCAUCUGGCCAAUGUUGCUAUCCUACAUUGCCUGUGGAAUAGCGUGUGGUCCCACCGCGAUACUCUGCUUUCACUUGGCACUAUUCAAGAGUUCUGAGAGCUGGGAAAAGGCGUAUGUUGUUGGGGCGAAAGUAAGAACUUUCGUUGUUUUUACAAGACCAAUUUAAAAAUUGGUCUGUUUUACAUUUCAUUAAGGCAGUUCGGACAAUCGGGGACCGGUAAAGUUAGUACGGUGUCGGUACACUUUUUAGUACCCAUGUGUAAACGUAGUAUUGCUUUUUACUACGCCGAGUUUUCGACAAUCCAUUGCACGUCAAUUAAACGUAGUUGAAGCUGUGUAGGCAAGGUGGAAAGUGCAAUAUAAGGUCAUAAAACAUAACUUAGAAUUAAAGGGUCAUUAAUUAAAUGUAGUAUACGUAUAGUAUAUUAUAAUACUACAUUUAAAACGUUCUUUCACAAUGCACGUCAACAAUUCAUUAACUUGAUACCCCGAUUGUCCGUGUGCCACAUAACUAUUAAUUAUUAUAAAAUCACAAUGUUUUUUUUCAGGCCAACUAUUUCUUCCUGUCCUGUUACACACUAUUUUCUUUGUUCUUCGCUUUUUAUAAAUUUGGAAUGAUCCGCAAACUUCGGGUGACCCCGAUGCCAGUGAUUCGACCAACGGACGAACAGAAGACCCAUUUCGAUUUUCUGGGAGAGUCCUGGAAGUUGUGA